AUGCCGCGCUCUUUCUUGGUGAAACAGUUGAAAGUCCACGAUGCCUCCUUUUCAAACUACUACGCUCAGGAGUCGGAGGGAUCUUACACGGUGACAUACGCCAUCCGGGAGUCCGCUGCCAACUUGGCGGUCCGUUUGAGUGAAAAUGGCUACAUCCAUGACUACAUCAUCCCCUCGGUGUGCCCGGGCCCCAAGGAGGGUACCUCCAGGCAGAGGUCGGCCGGCCUGGCCUCCGGGCCGCCCUACUCCCCUGGGGGGGGGGGGGUCGUCGGAGGGGGCAGCGGCGGGGAGGACUUCUCGGACCACGACAUGGAGGACCCCGACAGCCCCGUCUCCAGCGCCACCCCGGACUCCGACGGCGGCGGUAGCAGCAGUGACGGCCUCCUGGUCUCUGACGGGCGCUCCCGCCGCCGCCAGGUCAAGCAGCGCUGUCUUCGCAAGGGAGGCCGCCCAUUGGACGAGGACGCCGAGGAGGAGGAGGAGGAGGAGGAGGAGGAGGCGGAGCCCCGCCCCGCCGGCCACGCCCACGUUAAGUGCGGCCGGGCCAAGGGUCGGCACGCGUGCGGCGAGUGCGGCAAGUCCUACGCCACCUCGUCCAACCUGAGCCGCCACAAGCAGACGCACCGCAGCCUGGACGGCCAGCAGGCCCGGCAGUGCCCCACCUGCCACAAGGCCUACGUCUCCAUGCCCGCGCUGGCCAUGCACAUGCUGACCCACGACCUGCGUCACGAGUGCGGCGUGUGCGGCAAGGCCUUCAGCCGGCCCUGGCUGCUGCAGGGCCACAUGCGCUCGCACACCGGCGAGAAGCCCUUCGCGUGCGCCCACUGCGGGAAGGCCUUCGCCGACCGCUCCAACCUGCGCGCCCACAUGCAGACGCACUCCGCCUUCAAGCACUAUGCCUGCAAGCGCUGCCACAAGAGCUUUGCGCUCAAGUCCUACCUGAACAAGCACUACGAGUCGGCCUGCUACAAGAGCGACGGCACGCCGGAGGAGUGCGGCUCCGAGGACUGA